GGAGAGAUUUAGGUUACAUACUGGAGGAAGUUUUUCACAGAGAGGCUGAUGAGGUGCUGGAUCAGGCUAACCAGAAAGGUUGUGGAUGCCCCAUCCCUGGAGGUGUUCAAGGCCAGGCUGGAUGGGGCCAUGGGCAGCCUGAGCUGGUAGGGGGUGACCAGCCCAUCAUGGCUGGGGGUUGGAACUAGAUGAUCUUUGAGGUCCGUUCCAACCCAACCCAUUUUGUGAUUACAUACAUUUAGAGUUGGUUUAAUCUGCUCAGGAAGUGAAGAAAAUAUGUCCCGAAAGCUUGGCUUGGAGCAGGUGUGAAAGUAAAGAGCUUGAUGUUGGAAUAAGGAACCUGAUAGAGAGGAGUGGUGUUUCCAAGUCGUGUGAGGACUCUGAACUUGUUGCCCAAGGGAGUCUGAACCACCAGAGGACUUCAUGUUCCCCUAAGAUCUGCUGUGAGACGAAUGCUCAAGGCCAUCUUGGAAGCACAUGGGCAGACAUGAGUGAGAUGGAAGCUCCAGCAGACCUGCCAGAAUCAAAGCAAGGAUUACCAAACAAACAGAAGACUCUAUUAGCCAACUCUCAGGAACGACAUAUCCUCUCACUGGAAAGACAGAGACAAGAGCUUCUGGAGGUGAACAAGCAAUGGGAUCAUCAAUUUAGAACCAUGAAACAGCUUUAUGAAAAACAGCUGGCAGAAGUGAAAGCAAAACUGCACGUGUCAGAGAAGAGAGUCAGUGAGCUGGAGGAAGAAAGACAUCGACAUCCUCCAGAGAAGGAGAGGUUGCAGAUCCUGGACAAAGACACACCAUCACAGGAAAUGAAAGAAACAAAGGUCCUCAGUGAAGCCCUGCAUGAAAUGAAGGAAGAAAACAAGCUCCUGAAGCAGAAGAAUGCAUCAAUGAUAAGAAAACAAGAGCACUAUGAGUGUGAAAUAAGUCGUCUCAAUAAGGCCCUUCUGGAUGUUUUGGAAAAGAACUCGUCUGUUCUUAGGACUCCUCCAGAGACUGGUGACAAGAACAGCUUUGGUGACAUGAGAACCCAACUUGAAGUUCUCAGACAACAGGUACAAAUAUAUGAAGAGGACUUCAGAAAGGAGAGAUCUGACAGAGAAAGACUUAAUGAGGAGAAAGAAGCAUUGCAGAAGGCUAAUGAGAGAUUACAGACUCAACUGAAUAAAUUAAACUCACAGAUGAAGACCUGUCUGAAAGGAAAGGAACCACAAGAAAGGCAGUUACAGCAGCAGACAAAAGAUAUUCCGGUACAGUCCGAGAGGCUCACCUACCCAUCUCCACUAUUUCUCUCCCCGUGUGUUAAUUAUGGGAGUUGUGGGUUGCUUCUUCACUAUCAAGAUCCUCGAGUCCACCGAGUGUCUCGCAGAGCACAAGAACAGCAGCAGCACUCGCCAGACUAUCAGUGGUAUGUUCCUGACCAGUUUCCUCCAGAUGUUCAGCACAAGGCAAAGGGGAGUCAUGUGAGCAGAAAAGAGGAUGCUGGAAAAGUAGGACCAGACUGGACAUAUUGCUCUUGCUGCCGAAUCACGGAAGCUUUUGAUCUUCCUCUACACUCAUUUCUAUGGCAGACUGUUGGUGCCAUGCUGUUAUGUGACCUUGGGGCUGGGAGCAGGAGAGGCUUUUGUGCAGUGAUGGACCAGAGCUGCCUGGAACUCUCAAAAUGCAAGUCAGAGGCUCAAGGCCAAAGAAUUCAUCAUCAGAGAAAGGAGCCCAUCACUGACAGCCUUUGACCUGAAGAUGUGUACACCCAAGACUGCGAGCUAGUCUUGCAAUUUCAUUAUUUGGUUUUGUUCUGUUUUUCUUUUGGUGUUUUUUUUUUGUUUUUUUUUUUUUUUUUUUUUUUUUUGGUCCCAGCUCCUUAUCUCUUCAGGCAUGUUAUUUAUGCCUUGUGAAAUCCCUGUGAGGACAAUAGAAAAGCUGAUUGUUCAGGCUAGAGAUCCUCACGAUCCACUUAAAACUCCACUGGGAAGCGUUAAUGCCCUUUGUUCUGAAAAUGCUGUUUGUGCUGGCUAUUUGUUAAGAAGCCUUGUGAUAAAAGAUGGAGCUGUUGCUGGGGCUUUGGAAGACAGUUGCAUCUGGUUUGAAUUCAAGUUUCCAGCUCUAUAGCGUUGUGAUUCUUUCUGUUUAACGAUUAUAAUUGUUUUUAUUUGAUUCCUGGGAAUGAUUUGUUUAUGGUACCAUGUUGAAUUCUGUAGGUUCUCUUGGUUGUGUGUAAAAAAGGAAAUGCACUUCACUGUUUUAACAUGUUUGUGCAAUUGGAAUCAGGUGCCAUUGAUGUUAGGCCAGGCACAUGGUGCCUAUUCCCAUUCUGAGUCCAGGCCAGCCCUCCUUUCAAAACAAUAAUUCUUUUUCUAUUCAUACUUAUUUGUAUCUGUAUAGUUUUUGUGUAAGUAUUUCAUGAGCUUAACUUCACAGUGAAAGCAGAUUUAUAUUUCCAAAGACUUCUUGCAAAGAAUCCCACUGCAAUGAAUCUGAACAUUGUCAUGUGACUUCCAAUCAGAGAAUAAAGCCUGGAUUUCUAAACAAAA